AUGUCGCUAGAUCCAAUCGAAUUGGAGUGCCGACUCGACAUAUUGAACUGCGAACACAGCGAAAAACUCAUGAAAUGUCAGUCGAAAAUUGAGGAAAUCGACGAAGAAGACAUUGCCCGUGGAGAGUUAGAGGACUUAAUUGUAGAAACAAAGCCCAUUCUGGCGAGAAAUAAAUCGUCAAUUGCCGAAACAUCUUUUAUUGCACCUCACUGCUCGCGACUACCAAAAAUGUCGUUACCUAAGUUCAAAGGAGAAUACUCCGAGUUUAAAAGCUUUAUGAGUCUAUUUGAGAGUUUCGUGCACAAUGAUCUCACAACCCCGGAUAUUGAAAAAUUUAAUCAUUUAGUAUCAUGUCUAUCCGGUGAAGCCUUAGGCACAGUGAAGUCCUUCCAAAUGUCGGAAGAAAAUUAUCCAAAGGCGUUGGAAAGCGGUUCAUCUAGAACUGAUUUAACUGCUGAUAAAUUAAUUUUCGCUCUCAAAAGGUUCAUUGGGCGCCGAGGGAUGCCAGCCAAAAUAUACUGCGACAACGCGACGAACUUUGUGGGAGCAGAGAGGAAGCUGAGGGAGCUCCGGGAAGGCUUUCUGAGACAGAAAGAGGAGAUUCUCCAAUACGCCGCCGACGAAGGAUUCAUCUUCGCCUUCAUACCUCCGAGGGCACCCCACUUCGGCGGCCUGUGGGAAGCAGCAGUGAAGUCGGCCAAACAUCUGCUGGUGCGCGCCGUAGGCAAUGCGUUGUUAACCGCCGAAGAAACCGCAACGCUUCUCGUCGAAGUAGAAGCGGUACUGAACUCCCGACCGGUCGCACCACUCAGCAACGACCCCAACGACGGCAAGCGCUAA